GCCGCCGCUGCUGCCGCUCCUGCUCCGCCUCCUGCCGCCGCCGCUGUUGCUGCUGCUCCUCCAUCUCCAGAUCGGAUCACGGUGAGGGAAAAAUGAGCGAGGAGACGGCGACUUCUGACCACGAUAAUAGUUAUGCACGAGUGCGAGCUGUGGUGAUGACCCGGGAUGACUCUAGUGGUGGAUGGUUACCACUCGGAGGAGGUGGGCUGAGCUCUGUCACUGUCUUUAAAGCCCUUCGUCAGGAAGAGAAUGGCAGCUGUGCUGACUUUAUCAUUCAUGGAGAGCGACUCAGGGACAAAACGGUGGUUUUAGAAUGUAUGCUAAAGAAGGACCUCAUUUACAACAAGGUCACCCCAACCUUUCAUCACUGGAAGAUUGAUGACAAAAAGUUUGGCCUUACUUUUCAAAGUCCUGCUGAUGCAAGAGCGUUUGACAGAGGCAUUCGAAGAGCUAUAGAGGAUAUUUCUCAAGACUGUCUAACAUCACAGAAUGAAGUUGAAGUAGCUGAAGAUAGCUUUCCAGCAGCAGAAGAGGAUACUUCCAGUUCUCUUGCAAAAGAUCACUUUUUCCAACCGGAGACUGUUGUUACCAAUGAGCCCUAUAGAAGUUCAAACAUAAGGCCCUUACCCUUUGAAGAUUUGAAUUCCAGAAGAGUGUUCUUACAGAGCCAAGCUAAUCAAGUAGCAUUCAACCAGCCAGACUUGGACACUUCCCUUCAGGCCAGCUCUGGGGAAUAUGUACAUCGGCAGCUUUCAAAGGAGGGUGGAAGUCUGAAAUCCCAAAAUCGGGCACCUUUGAAAUCAAUCAGGCAUGUCAGUUUUCAAGAUGAGGAUGAAAUUGUCAGAAUAAAUCCUCGUGAUAUUUUAAUACGUCGUUAUGCAGACUACAGGCAUCCUGACAUGUGGAAAAAUGACUUGGAGAGAGAUGAUGCUGAUUCUAAUAUUGAGUUUUCAAAAUCAGAUAGUAAAAAACCUGACUAUCUGUACUCUUGUGAGGAUGUGACUAAGUUAAAUGCACUCAAAGACUCUGUGGUAUUUAAGACACAACCUUCUUCCUCAUUAAAAUUUAAGAAGUCAAAAAGAAGAAAAGAGGAUGGUGAGCGUUCUCGCUGCAUAUACUGCCAGGAGAGGUUUAACCAUGAAGAGAAUGGCAGGGGACAGUGUCAGGAUGCUCCAGACCCUAUUAAGAGGUGCAUCUACCAAGUUAGCUGCAUGCUCUGCGCGGAGAGCAUGCUCUAUCACUGUAUGUCAGACUCAGAGGGAGACUUUUCCGACCCCUGUUCAUGUGACACCAGCGAUGACAAAUUUUGCUUGCGAUGGUUGGCCCUGGUGGCGCUGUCUUUCAUUGCGCCAUGCAUGUGCUGCUAUGUUCCCUUGAGGUUGUGCCAUCGCUGUGGCGAGGCAUGCGGGUGCUGCGGAGGAAAACACAAAGCUGCCGGAUGAAACCGGCUGGUGCCAAAAUGAGUCUGAAGUCUUUGUUUCCAGGAAUUAGCUAACUUGGAUUGGUGGAGGCUUUUGGCAGGCGACGUGGCACCUGGCCUGGCGUCACGGGGGGCCAACCGUGGGAGGAGCCGCAGAACCCGUCAGUUCUUGCCAUUUCACAGAUGCUAGCAGCCAUGCUGGACUGUUUCCUUUGGGUGCAUGGCACGUUUUGUUGAAAGUUGUAAAGGAUUAUUUGAGAAAGGAAGCCAUUUCUGGUUAUUGGCUAUAUUAUAAGGGUGCAAACUCUGAUCCAACUAAAAAGGAAUUAAUUUGGCAUUUUGUACAUUUAUGGCUUAGGUGAUGGGGAGGGAGCUUCAAAAAGAACUGAAUGCAUUUGACACAUAAUUAAGCAAAAAAUGCACUAGUGACAGCUGAUUUCAAACUAAGAAAAGUUAACACUUGGCAGAUGUCAGAAAUGAAACUGAAGUGCAACUAAAUCAUUUAUUAGUUGUUUUUGGAAUCAAUUUUAUGUAUAAAUAACAAAUGUUUAUAUUUAACUAAGUAUAAGGUACGAAUUACUGCAUAAUAAACUUUGCUUCCCCUUCCCAUUUCUAUAGUAGAUUUAUAUCUACUGUCACAUUCCAUAUUUUGAAUAUUUAACUCGUCUAGUUAUUUGCAUUUUUAUUCCACGUGAAUGAAUUGAUAUCUUCAUCUUCAUUUCCCUCCACCUGCAGUUUGUAUUGAGUUAUAUCUGUACAUUCUGGUAAUCUAAAACCUUUUAAGAUAUUCUGAUAGUCUUGAGUGACCAAUUUUUUUUAAGCACAGAUGUAAUUGUCUGGUGUUCUGAUGGGAAUAUAACACUUAUUUUUUUAUAUAUAAAAAAGGCUGAUUAAACAGUAUCAGAAAAAAGUGGGUUUUGUGUUGUUUGCCCAGCAAGUUGUUUUCUUUUGGGGUUUCCUCCUCUAAAAUAUUUUAAUUGCAUUUACAGAUGUUUAGCAAGUUAAAAGAUAUAACCAAAUAGUUAUAAUAGGAUGUUCUUUUGAAGUCUCCAUCUAUCAUUCUGCCAAACUAGGAUCAUGUUCAGCUGUUUUAUUAAUCUUUGGGCUUAAUCCUAGUACUUGCUAUUCCCCCCUCCCCUUUCCCCCAUGGUAACAUCACUUUUUUCUGUUGCAGAAUUUUAUUUUUAUUUGAACUGGCAAAUGCAUAAAUAUCUUACAUUAAAAAUGUGGUGUGGUUAAAAAAAGACAGGGAAAAAAGUUCAAUCUGGUAUAUGAAUGAGACGUCUUUUAAGUUGUGUUUUUUUUUUUUUGAAAUCUGCUGUGUAUUACUGGAUAAUAACAAUUGGAUAACAUUCUAACAGAUUACAUAAUGCUCCAAGGAUUAUUUUUAGUGUUUCAGCAAUUCAGUUAGUAAUCAAUUUUUAGUCAUUUUAGUAAUUUUUUAAUGUUACAUUAAAACUAACCAAGUUGAGGGGUGCUUUUCGAAAGAUUCUCUGGGGGGGAGAAGGGAAAGGGAGAGGGACUGAAGUUGAGAAGAAUGCUCUUUUUUUAUGGCCUAAAGAGUUAUUGUAGGCAGUGAAAGUAAAAAAAUCACACUACCUUUUGAAGCUCCUUUUCUAUGCAGGUUUUUAAUGUCAUGUAUUUCUUUUUACAUAUCAUAUUAAAGCUUGUUACCUUUCCUUUCUUGCCCUAGGAUCAAACUGAACAAUGUAUAUAACACUAUCUGUCUGUAAGAUACUUUUUUUUUUAAAAGAAAGCAUUUAUAUUUAUAUGACAGCUUGAACUGACAACAUUGUGUACAUAGAUCAUCUUGAAGUAUUAUUUCACAUUGAAAAGAAGACAAAUAUAUUGAUAACUAUAGAAGUUAUGAAAAAGAGCUUCUUUCUAGUUUUGUACUAAAAAAAUCAUUCAGAUGAGCUAAGUCCAAGAACAUUAACACCGUAGCAGCAGUCUUAAGUCUCAUUUUUACAGUUUAUAUAUUUGAAAGCUGCUACUGUGGAUAAUUUUCACCCAUCACAUUUUCAGCUAAACUUGAUUUCCCAGAAUAGACUGUUAACUUUCAAAACUACUCUUCAUUGGUAAAAUGAGAGUGAUUGUUUUUUUUCUUGUGAAUGAAAUUUGAUAUUUGUAAGUGCUUAGUUUAUAAUUCAGGUUUGAGCAAGGUGUGAACAACUGAAGAAAAGAACUUGCUGGCUGUAUAGGAAAAUGCUGUGGAAUUGUACUGUGUAUAUACUUUUGGGAAGAAACAAACUUAACAAUUUCCUCUGUUGAGCACUAAUCAACAUAGUGCAACUCCUGUUCCUGUACUGUAUUUUAUAUGCAACAGAUAUGCUUUAAUAUUUUUAAUGAAUUUGUGCAUUAAUAUUUUCGAUUUGUUUAACCACUUUGCUGCUACGAUUUUGCCACCUCCUCCCCUUUCUUUCCUUUACAAUCUAAAACAAUUUGCUUCAUUAAAAAUUAUGAAUAUGGAUGUUACAGGUUGUUAUUUCAUCCUGGGUCUUUAUAACUUAACUACACCCAGUUUCUAUGCCAAUAACACGAUAAACCUAGGAAAAUCAAUCUAUGCCAUAAACUAAUGAUAUAUCUGGAUCCUUAUGGAAGGACAGAUGAUGUUAAGAUAGUUAGAAUGGUGACAUGAGAACAGAUACCUUUAUCAUUCCAUAUGUAGGGAAAUCAAACCUAUAAGUAAAUUAAGCAAGGUUUAUUUAUACUGCCCCUUAAUGCUUUUUACAAUUGAACUUUCCUCUGAAAAGCUAGCUUUUUGUUUGUGAUAUUGAAAGUAGAAAAUACAACCAGCCAAGGGACGUGGAAAGAAACACUCCCAUGAGGACUACCUGUUACCAUUGUUGAGUGAUGUUUUCCUUAGCUUACCCGUAAAGGGUAGAAGUACUGCUCAGCCAUGGCACUUCAGCACCACCUGCUGGAGGAACAAUCCAUCCAGAAAAACCUCCAAGAGUAAGGGACAUGUUAGACACCCCAGUAUUUACAGGUCAAAGGCUAUUGAGGAAAGGCAUCAGGAGAAAGAAAUAUUUAGAAAAACCUCGAAGUCAUUUUCCCCCUAUCGUGUCUUGUUGAAGCCUAGAAAACCUUGUCAUUUCCCUUUUACGGUCAUUUAUGGGGUAUAUAAAUCAUGAAGAUUCCAUUUAAAAAUUAAUCAAUUACUUAAAGCUGGCCACUAUAGUAAGCAUUGAAUUCUUAUAUGGACAGAUAGAUAUUAAACAAGUUCUGCUCUGAUAAUUUAUUUCUUGGCCAAAACCUUGACCACCAAGAAUUCAUGUGUUAAAGGAAGAAUUUUUGAGAAUUUUGCCAAGGAUUAUAUUGUAGCAAAUUGGUUAGAGACAGAGAGAGAGAGAGAGAGAGAGAGAGACUCUGUGUGUGUGUGUGUGUGUGUGUACACAUGUUUCAGUGUGUGUAAAAGUAAAGUGAUGGUUUGAGUUUAGUAUUUAAAAGACAAAAGAUUGAAAUUACCUAUUUCGUUGGUUAUACAAAUAGCUAUGCCCAUAACCUGCUCUUGUAGUAACACUAAAACAAGAUGCACUUUCUGAUCAUGCUUAAAAUAUCUAUCAUCAUUAGGGGCUUUUUUGUUUAAUUGAACAACGCAAUAAGUUUUUUAAAAAUCCAGGUAAGAUCCAGAAUAUGAGAAAGGGACAAUUGAAGCAUAGUAUCACACAUGUCCUGAAAAACAUGCUUCACCCAUUAAUAUUUGUUGAAACUUUAUGACUGCAUCCUGUACUUUACUAUAUAUUGUUGUUUAAAAUCCUAGCAAAUGGUCCAUUAAGCAAGUGUAUUUUUUCCCUGCAUUAAAUAUGUGUGUAUAUAUAUGCAUAAAUAUACACACAUACAAAUAUAUGUAUUUAAACAUUGGUCCCUUGAAAUAUCUGAAAAUGCCCCUUGCUUUUUUGACUUGAACUUCAAUCACUUUUCUGAGAAAGCUCUGAAAACUAUAGCAUAAACAUACCAUUUCUUUUUCUUUGUCCCACCCUGUCCCUGUGAUCCCCACCUGUCCUUGAGAUUGAACCUUAAAUUUUAAAACGAUGCCAUUGUAACGUGCUUUUCAAGCAAUUUCAUACAUGAAAUAAAAAUAGACCACGAUGAUUGAUAGCAAGUGAAGAUGUUAAUAGGCCUUAAGUUACUGUUUGCCUAGCAGCCACGUGGUUAGAAACUUCCGUAUGCUAUUGGUGCACUGCUAAAUGUUAGCCUUUGUUCCUGAAAGCUUAAACUAAAAACUUUGUGAUUAAUAUUGAAAAUUCUAAAGCAUUAUCUAGUGUAAAAAACCCUUUGUAUUUGAAGCUGCACUAUAAAUGGUACAUAGAUUUUGUGAACACACUGCCUCUCCUUUUUGCAAAUAGUGCCGUUUGCUUUCUACCCUGACCUCAAAAAGUGCCUCACUUGUAUAUUAUUCCCAUUACCCUCAACUGCUUUCUUUAUAAUGAGCAAUGUAUGAUUUAGUUUAAUUCGUCAUAGAUGUAUUUCCUUUUAUGUAUACGAAUAUCUAGCUUGGUACUUUUUAGUAUAUAAUGUAAAUAUGCAUAUAUAAGUUUGUAACUUUUGUUACACCAUAUUUGUGUAAUUGGACAUAUCAGAUAGUAUCAUAAAACAGUUUGUUUUUAAUGGUCCCCACCCUGUAAUUACCUGAUUAAACCUAUCAUAAAAUUAAAAAGGGUUUUUUGCUUAAUGUCCUGAGCCUGUUUACACUGAUACAUGAGGGGUUAGCUAAAAGCAAAGAGUAACAGAAAUUAGAGCUUUUAGUCAUACUUUUUAAAAGUUAAAAAUGUUAUUUAGGGGUCAUUUGUCUUUAAAACCCAAAGUUCAUUUAAAUGUCACCUCAAAUAACUGGUUCCUUUUUGAUUACAUUAAGAUGUUUUAAAGCCAUAAUGAAUGCUGCAUUUCCAUUCGCUGACAUAGGAACAAAUUACUGUUAAUUCUUUAAGAUUGGUUUGGGAUCAUUUGUAGCAAACUUUAAAUCCCAGAUUGGCACAUUGUUCCAUGCCCUGUGUGCUUCUCAGUUCUUUCUAUUGUCAAUUAGCAUUUAUUCAAGAAAUACAACCUAGUUUUAUUACUUGUGUCAAUGAAGUAUUAUGGAGAAGAGCUUUUUGUUCCUUGUCCUUCUGAAUCUGUGAUUUCUUAUCAGUAAGGAAACUCCAACUUUGGAUCAAAAAAAGCUGGGAUAUUGAGAGGUUAAGUGACUUUAAUCUUCCUGAAUUCAAGGCUAGCCCUCCAUGCUACUUCUUAAUUAGGAAAGUAAAUAUACAGUAAAAAUCAUGUAAUACUUUCCAAGGACAAGUGUUCGGUUUAUGCAUGACAUUACUGGCCUCUGAAUAUAGAUAGUUCAGAAUUGACUUCUUAGGCUUGCCUUGUAUUGUUGAAUCUUGUUAUAAAGCAAUUUUUUGGCUAUUUUUAUUCCUAACUUUUCAUAAACAUAAGACUCCUUUAUCUAAAGAAACUUUAAUGUUCACCAAAGAAAUUGAAAACAGGUCUGCUACAACUUGACAAUGAAAAUGUGUUACAAAUAAAGAUGAUGCUUAAAUUAAAAGUAAUUCUUGCGAAACUUUUUCGACUG